AUGGCCCCCCAUGUCAACCUCGCAGCAUACUACAAGCUCGAAGGCGGAGUCAACACGCUACCGACUCCGCCCAUGACCAUGUCGUCAUAUGACGACCCAACCAGGUCCCCCAGGAAUAGCAUUGAGCGAAAACGUGGGGUAUUUCGCCUAUCCGCGCUUUCUUCCAUCGAGCGGUCCGUCUGGGAAGACUCACCACGUUCAUCACUACAAUCCUUCACAGUCGCACGACCCAACCGACGAAGCGGCGAACCCAUAUCCUGGCUCCCUCCAGAACUGCUAUGCGCCAUCUUCGAGUUGGUUGCUGUGGUUGAUCCACCACUCGCACCCGGUGGUGCGCUCGGCCAAAUCGGCACUCUCGGCUGGAUUUCCUUGGGACACGUAUGCCGGUACUGGAGAGAUGUGCUGCUCAACUUGCCGUCCCUCUGGGCUGGCUCGGUCGGCGUGUUAGCGAGAGCGGCGGAAACCAUGCUUGAGCGCGCCACUGAUGCUCCCAUCACGCUUUCGUUGGAUGAUUCCUCCAACGACUGCAGCUUCCACGCGCGGCACAUCGCGCGGGCGCAAACGAUCAAUAUCAACGUCUCUUCUUCCAGCAUUCUAUACGACAUGCGCGUCGCCUUGGGCGCACAAGACCUACCCGCUUUGGAAACCUUGUCCAUGAUACACGCUUUUGGACAUAUACCCCCACACAACUUUGAUCUCCCGCCCUUCAUCGCGCCCAGACUUAAGCGCGUCCACAUGGAAAACUACUUCGUUCCCUGGACAGCAGCAUCGCUCUCUCAUCUCACCCUCGUACGCACGCGGCCGUUGCGUGAAGGAGAAGCACGGCCGACGUUGCAAGAAGUCCUCGACCUUCUACGCAACUCUAAUACUUUACGACAUCUCACCAUCCACAACUGGGUCCCGGAGCUCAUACGAUCAACCAGUGCCGUCGACGAACCCGCUCGCGUCACCCUUCCCUUCCUCGAGCGUCUCGAGAUACGCGACCGAACAGGGCCGUUGGUCGCUCUCUGGAAGUCGCUCCAUGUAUCAUCACAUACGCGUGUGCAGCUCUGCGCCGAUCUUCUCGGCAUGCCGCCCGAAGGCAUUGCCGGCGUUCCCAAUGCCAUCUUCCGUGUUCUGGGUCCACAUUACCGAUCUCCGCAUGCCCCACCGCUCACGCAUGUCUCAUUCUCCGACUGCCGCGGCGACAGCUUCCUCCGUGUACGCGCCUCCGCUGCUGGAGAUGCGCCCGAAUCGCCACGCUUGAGCGUCGACCUCUGGCCAUGGCGACCGCAGAGCGCAGUGGACUUCCAGAACGCACUCGCAGCUUUCUCGUUGCACCUCGCGCUGGCGGAUGUCGAGACGCUCCUACUCGACUGCCCAGCGGCCGAUCACGACGGGGACGAUAUAGACGGCCACGGCUGGCGCGAGCCGCUCGCGCCCAUGCGACAUCUUCGCACACUCGAAGUACACGACUCCCCGCCUGCAUCGCUUUUGCGCGCUUUGGGACCCGAACGUGAUGCUCAUGGAGAGCUACUAUUCCCGAACUUGCGCGCGCUCGCGCUUCGGCCGUGUGCGCACCGCCGACGGGACGAAGCGCGCACGCUCCCCUGGAUGUGCCUGUACAACUCGCUCAGAGUUCGGGCAGCACGCAGCACUGCGCUUCGGCGUCUGGAGUUGAACGGAUACUUCAGACUCGACCCACCUGCGAGGACUAGGUUGUUUCAGGAUGAGCUGGAUAAGGUCGUAGUGGAGGUUGAGUGGGAGCUUUGA